AUGCUCAUAAACUCAACUCAAUUGUGUCAAAACACAAGAACAAAUCAUAUCAAACAUAUAGUUUCAUCAUCUCUAAACUCGUUACCCGACGACUGCAUAUCUCUCAUCAUAUCCUUAACUUCGCCUCGAGACGCCUGUCGAAUGGCCCUUCUUUCUCAUGCUUUCAACUCAAUUGCAGACUCCAAUGCUGUAUGGCAGAUGUUUCUGCCCCUUGAUUAUAUUCAUAUCAUUUCUAAUUCAUCGUCGCCUCCGUCGUUGCUCUCAUUGCCCAAGAAGGACCUUUAUAUCAGUCUAUGUUAUCAUCCCAUUCUUACUCAUAAUGGGGAUAUGAAGUUUCAACUAGAGAAGGAGAAUGGAAAGAAGUGGUAUAUGGUAGGGGCAAAAGCACUUUCAAUUCAAUGGGUUGAUACACCUCGCCACUGGACUUGGAUAUCACUACCAGACUCUAGGUUUUGUAGGGUUGCUAAGCUUAAGAAUGUGGGGAGGCUGGAAAUAAAGGGAAAGGUUAAGCUGAGCACCCUAUCUUCCAACACAAACUAUGCAGCAUACUUUGUGUUUAAGCUUGUGAGAGACAGAUAUGGUUUCAGGCAUACACCUGUGGAGUUGGAUGUCAGCAUUGAGGGAACAGCGGCAGGAGAAGUGCAUAGUGUAAUCCUAGACCCACCACGAAAUAUGCCACAGCAAGCUAAAGAGAGGGCAGAUGGGUGGUUGGAGAUUGAAAUGGGGGAGUUCUUCAAUGGAUUUGAAGAUGAUAAGACUGUGGAAUUUAGUCUACGGGAAGACCAUGAUGAUCAACCAAAACGAGGCCUUAUUGUCCAAGGAAUUGAGCUUAGACCUAAACAUAAUAGGUAGCUUGCAUUGCUUUGUAAUUUAGGUUGGCUUCUCAUUCAUUAUGUAUGUCAUAUUGUCAUCUAUAUAGUUUUAUUAUCAAAUUAAGUUUGCCUUACAUCAAAUAUGAAUAAUACUUUGAAAAAAAAAAGAAAAGUCAAAACUAUAAAUAAUGAGAGGAUAAUUCAAGUUCUUUGGGUAGUAGACAA